GCGGUAAUGGGAGGCUCCUAAGCAGGAGAAGCAAAAGAAGGAAUUGUUUGCAAGUUCAGUCAUCCAAAAAAGCGUCUUCCAUAUGGAGGGAUUGGGUGCGCUGGGCGCGGCGUCCCCUGCCUUGCCCGCCCGCUGCCGCCGCUGCCACCACGGCUCCGGCUUCCUGCACUGGGGACCCUGAGCUGGGGCUCGCUGGUGUCAGCUCCGGCCGCACUCACAGUCUCGCACCUCGUACCCGCCGCGGCCACAGCAGCCCUUCCUCCUCCGGCCGCAACUUCUGGGUCCUGGGCUCCUUUGUUGCUCCGGCUGCGGCCACUCUCCCGUGGUGUGUGUCCCCGUGUGUCAUCGCGCCGUGCGUGUGUGUCGGUGUGCGCGGGGCCGUGUGGCCCUCUCCGCUUCACCACGCGGGACCCGGAGUCCCGGCCCCCUCUUCCCAGGCUCCGGCUGCAGGAGAGGAUUGCAGGGGGCGGCAGUAUCUCUACUCGCCUCACUCGUGGCUUAUGGGACUUUGGCCUGGAACCCUCUGUGACACACCAUACGUCGUGGGAAGAUGACGCCGUGCCAAGGAGGAGAGCGGCCUAUGCUCACACUGCUUUGGCUUCUCUUGGCCACAGCAGGCUGCCUGGCUGAUUUGAGUGAGGUUCCUCAGGUCACGAUCCAGCCCACGUCCACUGUCCAGAAGCUCGGAGGAACUGUGAUCCUGGGCUGUGUGGUGGAGCCACCAUGGGUGAACGUGACUUGGCGCUUCAACGGGAAGGAGCUGAAUGGCUCCGAUGAUGCCCUGGGGGUCCUCAUCACCCGUGGGACCCUUGUCAUUGCUGCCCUCAACAACCAUACUGUGGGACGGUACCAGUGUGUGGCUCGGAUGCCUGCGGGAGCUGUGGCCAGUGUGCCAGCCACGGUGACACUAGCCAACCUUCAGGACUUUAAGUUAGAUGUGCAGCAUGUGAUUGAAGUAGAUGAGGGGAACACAGCCGUCAUCGCCUGCCACCUCCCUGAGAGCCACCCAAAAGCCCAGGUCCGGUACAGCGUCAAACAGGAGUGGCUGGAGGCCUCUAGAGACAACUACCUGAUCAUGCCAUCGGGGAAUCUCCAAAUCGUCAACGCCAGCCAGGAGGACGAGGGCAUGUACAGGUGUGCUGCCUACAACCCAGUGACCCAGGAAGUGAAAACCUCCGGCUCCGGCGACAGGCUGCGCGUGCGCCGGUCCACCGCUGAGGCCGCCCGCAUCAUUUACCCACCGGAAGCCCAGUCCGUCAUCGUCACCAAAGGCCAGAGCCUCAUACUGGAGUGUGUGGCCAGUGGAAUCCCGCCACCUCGAGUCACGUGGGCCAAGGAUGGGGCCAGCAUUGCGGCCUACAACAAGACUCGCUUCCUGCUGAGUAACUUGCUUAUUGACACCACCAGCGAGGAGGACUCAGGCACCUACCGCUGUAUGGCCAGCAACGGGGUUGGGGACCCGGGGGCAGCUGUCAUCCUCUACAACGUCCAGGUGUUUGAACCCCCUGAGGUCACUGUGGAGCUGUCCCAGCUGGCCAUCCCGUGGGGUCAGAGUGCAAAGCUCACCUGUGAGGUUCGAGGAAAUCCCCCGCCCUCUGUCCUGUGGCUGAGGAAUGCCGUGCCCCUCACCUCCAGCCAACGCCUCCGGCUGUCUCGAAGAGCCCUCCGGGUGGUCAGUGUCGGGCCUGAGGAUGACGGCGUGUAUCAGUGCAUGGCUGAGAAUGCAGUUGGCAGUGCCCACGCUGUGGUCCAACUGAAGACCACCCGGCCAGACACAACCCUGAGACCCGGGAGGGAUACUAAGGCGAUUGCUGCCACACCUCCCAUGCCGCCCUCCAGACCCAGCAGGCCUGACCAGAUACUUCGGGAACAACCGGGGCUUGUUAAGCCCCCGACGUCCGUCCAGCCUACGUCCCUGAAGUGCCCGGGAGAGGAGCAGGCGGCCCCUGCGGAGGCACCUGUCAUCCUCAGCUCGCCCCGGACCUCCAAGACAGAUUCAUACGAGCUGGUGUGGCGGCCUCGACACGAGGGCAGCAGCCGGGCACCCGUCCUGUACUACGUAGUGAAGCAUCGUAAGCAGGUCACGAACUCCUCUGAGGACUGGACCAUUUCUGGCAUCCCAGCCAACCAGCACCGCCUCACCCUGGCCAGGCUUGACCCUGGAAGCUUGUAUGAAGUGGAGAUGGCAGCCUACAACUGUGCUGGCGAAGGCCAGACAGCCAUGGUCACCUUCCGAACAGGACGGCGGCCCAAACCUGAGAUCGUGGCCAGCAAGGAGCAGCAGAUCCAGAGAGAUGACCCUGGUGCCGGUCUCCAGAGCAGCAGCCAGCCUGACCACGGCCGCCUCUCCCCCCCAGAAGCUCCAGACAGACCCACCAUCUCCACAGCUUCUGAAACCUCAGUGUAUGUAACUUGGAUUCCCAGAGGAAACGGCGGCUUCCCGAUUCAGUCUUUCCGUGUGGAGUACAAGAAGCUAAAAAGAGUGGGAGAUUGGAUUCUGGCCACCAGUGCCAUACCUCCCUCAAGGCUCUCUGUGGAGAUCACAGGCCUGGAGAAAGGUAUUUCUUACAAGUUCCGAGUUCGUGCUUUGAACAUGCUAGGGGAGAGUGAGCCCAGCGCUCCCUCCCGGCCUUAUGUGGUGUCGGGCUACAGCGGCCGUGUGUAUGAGAGGCCCGUGGCGGGACCUUACAUCACCUUCACCGAUGCAGUCAACGAGACCGCUAUUAUGCUCAAGUGGAUGUAUAUCCCCGCCAGCAACAACAACACCCCAAUCCACGGCUUCUAUAUCUACUACCGACCCACAGACAGUGACAAUGACAGUGACUACAAGAAGGACAUGGUGGAAGGGGACAGGUACUGGCACUCCAUCAGCCACCUGCAGCCAGAGACUUCCUAUGACAUAAAGAUGCAGUGCUUCAAUGAGGGAGGGGAGAGCGAGUUCAGCAACGUCAUGAUCUGCGAGACCAAAGCUCGGAAAUUUUCUGGCCAGCCUGGAAGACCCCCACCCUUAACUCUGGCUCCACCACAGCCUCCGCCCCUGGAAACCAUGGAGCGGCCGGUGGGCACUGGAGCCAUGGUGGCCCGGGCCAGCGACCUGCCCUAUCUGAUUGUCGGGGUCGUUCUGGGCUCUAUCGUCCUCAUCAUCGUCACCUUCAUCCCCUUCUGCCUCUGGAGGGCCUGGUCUAAGCAGAAACAUACAACAGAUUUGGGUUUUCCUCGGAGUGCCCUCCUGUCCUCCUCCUGCCAGUACACAAUGGUGCCACUAGGGGGACUUCCAGGUCACCAAGCCAAUGGGCAGCCCUACCUCGGUGGCAUCAGUGGACGGGCCUGCGUCAGCCGACUGCACGGAAGCGGGGGCUGCCCUGCUGCUACGGUGGGCUGCCCGGGCAGGAAGCCUCCUCAGCACUGCCCAGGGGAGCUUGCACAGCGGGAAGACACCAACAGCCUCCUGAGGCAGCCCUUCAUUAGCAAUGGCUGUGACCUCCAGAACCAGCAAGUUGCCAGGGGUCCCAAGUCUGGCUCAGAAGAAGGCUCUUUCUUAUACACGCUGCCUGAUGACUCAACUCACCAGCUGCUCCAGCCUCAAGAUUGCUGUCACCUCCAGAAGCAACCUGUCACCACAUGCCAAACAGCAGUGAGGAGAACCCCUGAAGGUCCUGGACUAGAAGCUUCAUGGGACCCCCCAUAUCAUUCAGGGCCCCGGUGCUGUUUAGGUCUUGUACCAGUGGAAGAAGUAGACAGUUCCGACUCCUGCCAAGUGGGUGGAGGAGACUGGUGUCCCCAGCACCCUUCGGGGACCUACACAGGACAGGAACUUGGGAUGAGGCUCUCUUCCAGCCCAUCAGUUCACGUGUCUUUUGAAACGCCACCUCCCACCAUUUAGGCCGAAGCUAAUAUCCCAGAAAGACUAUAUAUUGUUUGUUUGUUUGUUUGUGACAGAGAAAAAUUGGUAUUUAUUUUUCUAUUAUAGCCAUAUUUAUAUAUUUAUGCACUUGUAAAUAAAUGUAUAUGUGUUUCUAUAAUUCUGGAGAGAUAUGGAAUCUUCCCCUUUCUGGCACAAGACAGAAAACAAGCGGCUGAGUGACUGGAGACCAGUGGAAGUAUCACAGAUAGUCAGGCUGCGGAUGGGCCGCCGGACCUGCACUACCGGGGGCUCCAGGCGGCCCUCGGGCGCGUUGACAGAGGACCCUAAGCACACUGGUCAUGAAGAACACCAGGGAUAAAGCAAAGGCCAUGGUGCUACAGACUGGAGCCACCUGGAAGGCACGCCUGUGUGGUGACCCAGGACAGGUUUCUAAGAAGCCAGGAGAAAAUCCCCAGAUGUGUGCAGCACUCUAAGCAUUAACAGUCUCCCAGAAUCAAUAAUCGGUGGCAACAUAUCUCUGUAAAAACAAACACUGUAACUUCUAAAUAAAUGUUUAGUCUUCCUUGUAA